AAAACUGACAAACAUCCCAAACGGGAAUAGCGGAAGCACAGAUAAUCCGGAGACGCGCCUGAGGCUAGCAGGAGCUCUGCGCGGACUUUUGCCUGAGAUCGAUUGAUUUGCUUGAUUGCUGUGCCUUUUUGGAUCGCAGGAUCAACGUCCUCGUUGUUCACACAGUGCCUCCCAGGGCCACAAUUAAGCCAUUGAUAUCUGGUACCAAUCACCUCUGUCGCGAUUAUUCCACUCCCUUUGCGCAAGAUUAUCGCACUCCUUCGUCAAAUCCUUGCGAACGCGGAAGUUUGUUUUUUGUACCGCAAUCGCAUCCUCCACCCACGAGCAUUCGGCAGCCUUGGAUCGCCCUCGAAUUUCUCAAGAAGGCCGGAAUUCGACCGACAGCGUUUUUUCGGCACUGAGCACUCUCGGUUUCGGUUCUGAACGCCCAACUCGCCAGGUGGACGAAAUAACCGGGGAGGAUACCAGAGCUCGUGUCCUUAGAGCAUCGGGAAACCACUUUGUAUCCGACAGUUGCGUCUCAAGGUCUAAUAUAUUCGAGAUAUCUGCGGUCGCGCCAGGCCACGAAGAGGCAGCAUAUUGGAAAGGCGACGUCAAGGGAGAAAAUAAAGGUUGAUCUGGGCUCUGCGAACUUGAUCGGCAAGACGCUGGAUCAGGUGGUUGCGAUUUCGUUGGGUGAGGCCCAAAAUGUCUGGUAGCACCCCACGCACAUCACUUAGAGAGGGCUUGCGACAAGCUCCCAAGGUGAACCAGCCUUUUAUCCCAGACACCGCACCAGUCCGACGGUCCCAUAUUCAUGCCAAUCAAUCCCCACAGCCGAUAGCCAUGUCUCACGCCAAUUCCAACUCGUCGGCCAACCCGAUGAGCCCUCAUAUGACGGGCGAUAACUGGGAUGACCAGAAGGUCCCGUUGUCGAUGCGCGAGGUAGCGACGCCAGGGAAUAGGCCCGGCUUGUUUAUGGACCUACCCGUGAGAGCAAAAACAGCCAAGCUGCCAGAUUUCUAUGAUCCUUAUUUCCCGCUCAAGUAUCUUGAGGUGCCCAAAUCGGACCAUAUCUACAAACGAGCCCAUUAUGGUUUACAAUCUGGAAUCCCCGAUGAGGUCGACUUCGCGUUGUAUCAUCUCGUUCAGAUUUCCAACCAGCGAUGGGAUAAAUUCAAGUUCGAAGGGUUCCCACUACUCGCCGAAACUUUGAUGGAGAAGGCUCUAGACGUCUCCAUAAUUUGCACUGGUGUCAAAUGGGACCUUCAGUACGACUUUCGGGAACCCACCGACCGUGUCAACGCGUUGAAUGCGCUGCAUGGUACGCGCGAUCUGCUCGACAAGAUCAAAAAGAUCCCAGUCACCUUGCCCCGGGAUACACUCGAGACGUACGAGUUCGAUCACUGUCUUCGGAACGUGAAGGAGGCCACCCUCGUUCUGCGGAAUAUGGUUCUGCUGAGAGAGAAUGCAUUCUAUGUGUCUCGAUAUGCCAAGGGGCUUCUGAGGGACUUCCUCGUUAUUCUCAUCAAUCUCCCGGAUCAGCCUCGCCUGAAUGAGAUUCGAAAUGACGCGCUCGACAUCGCAGAGGAGGUUACGAAGUACCUUCGAACCGACCCAGAGGAUCCACUCUGGAUCUCUCUCAUCAAAUGCCUCGACUCAGCGGAUCGUGCUCAUAUUGUCCGUGCACUCUGGGCACUUACUCAUUUCUCGACUGGGCUAGACGAACCCGAUGCCAACCAGGCGUUGGAGCGUACGCCAAAGGAGACUUUGAAACAACUGUACCUGCACACCCUCCUUGACGACGAAGACAUCCUAAGCGGCGCUCUGGAUUUCUGGUACCAAUACACGUUGUCUCGCGAGAACAUUGAGAACAUGAUGGAUAUCUUCAACCUUGCUAUAGUCUUUGUACCACGAAUGAUCGCCUUGUUAACCCACAACGGAAGGCCUGGCAAGAAAGAAACCGUCUUGCAGGAGGAGAAAGUUGCGCCACCCCCAUCGGACAUUCCUCGUGUGCCUCCCGAGCUUCUCAAGGAUCUCAUGGAGCUGCCAGAGCCCGAACGAAGCUCUCGCUGGCUGCGGUGCUGUUUCGUCGAGGACCCAGAGUGCGAGAUAACGCAGAUCGCCUUGUGGCAGGCGUAUCAGAGCCGGUUUGUAGACCCUCGAGUCCAAGGCGGUGGUGUCCUACCAGCAGCGGAAUUUAUCAAAAACGUGAGCACGACGUUCACCAACGCCCAGGCCCAGGUGAUCAACGGGCCUGGUAACGCAACGCGGUUUAUCAUCAAGGGGAUCCGGCCAUUGGAGACAGCCUACUCCUUCCAGGGCUUCCCCUAUAUCUAUUGCAAAUGGACGGAUAAUUCCAAGCCGUCCAAGACAUGUCAGCGCGCGUUUACUACGCCGACGGAUCUCCGCAAUCACGUGUUCGGAGACCACAUGAAGCUGGCAACAACUGACACGCCUGGCCACUAUAAUCUGGACAAGGCAGACUCGGCCGUUCAUACCUGCAUGUGGGACAACUGUACGAAGUUCAGAUCGUCCGGACCUAGUGACAACACUGCCAUGGUCGCUGGCCACGUCUCGUCGCACUUGCCAGAGGAUCGUCCCGAGGGUGCGGAUGCGCCGGUCUCGAAACGUGCGGUUCUGCAGGAGCGCAUCGUUCGCAAGUGGUUUUACCUAGACACACCGGUCAGCGAGCACGGGGAGCCAGUUGGGGUGGCAUACAAGGCCUCAUUGGUGCUACGCAAUCUUGCCAAAAACCUUCCCAACGGCAUUGCUCCCAAUGCGGACGGCCUGCCCUGGAAGAAGGCUGUCUUCCUCAGCCACCGUCCGAAGAUCGUGGAGGUCUGGGACCGCAACCGGCCGCUUCGCAAAGAACUCACCGAGUUAAUCAUGAUAAUCGAGAAGGAGGAUUACUAUUGAUAACAAACAUUCUGUUGUCAGACGACGAAAGUUCAGCCAGCUCUUUUAUCUCUCCCUCUUCCCCAUCUCUCAAUCUUCCUCUUCGUCCCCGUCACACAACGUUCUCCACUGUAUAAAUACCCUGGCUUUCCUCUAGUCUUCUUUUCUCAAAGUUUUACGGUGUCACUUUUCUUAUUUUAUCAUUUCUUUUUCUUUUCAUUUUCCUUUCCCUUUCUUUCCUCUUUAUAAAUCUACAACAUCCAUCACUCGUGCAGAAACUGCGGUGUGGGAUGGAGUGAAGCAUUCGAUAAUCGGGGGUUGGACACGGCUAUCUGCUUACAGGCGUCUGGAUCACGAGGUAGAAAUGGAGAUCGGUGUCGCUUUUCCUCCUUUUUUUCCUUCUUAGUCUUAAUUUUACAAGUGCUACUACAACAUGC